ACCUUGAACGCAAAACCCUUUCGUGUUCAAAUGCCAUCAAGUCACCUGACGCUAACUCUAACGUCUCACAUAUUCAAAAGUCUUAUGGUGCAAUUAACCAUUACAACAGCGAUUCUGAAGAUAGCCAUUAUUCCGAUCUAUCUAAACAACCCUUCGAUCGUAGCGGUAACCCGAAAAUGAAAGGCAAUUCGAGAGACGCUGAAGAGGAAUUUUUGGAAGACAUGAGUGUGGCAAGUUUGACAAAUGAUCUAGAGGUUAAAAGCGAUGAACAAAAAAUUGUUUCUACAUUUAAUAUUCCGUCCGCCGCGUGGACUUCCAUCGUCAGCUACGCUAUUCUAUCUUUUCACGCGAUUUUCAUGGAAGAAAUUUACACACUUUACACAGUUACUGCAGUUCAAUUUGGUGGUCUUGGGUUUCAUGCUACUAAGUUGGCUCUAUCAUUGACUAUUAUGGGAGGUGUUCAGCUUACCUCUCAGUUCAUAAUCUUUCCCUGGAUCACGUGCAGAGUCAAUAUGUUGAAAUUAUACCAUAUUUGCUGGUUUACCUAUAUUCCUGUCUAUUUGUUAUUCCCAUUGAUCAAUAAGCUUGAAAUAUAUUUGUCUAAAAACGAGGUAAAAUGGAGUGAAACGAUAGUUUGGUAUUCUCUAUUACCCGUUCUGACCGUUAGGUAUUUUCUGGGUGUUUGCACAUUUACGCCGGUCAUGAUAUUCAUCAACAAUUCUACAAGCUCCGAUACAUUGGGAACUGUUAAUGGAAUUGGUCAAACCUUGGCGUCUUUUGUCCGUUCUAUUGGUCCUGCAUUUGGUGGAUUCUUAUGGUCUUGGUCAUUGACCAAUAAUCGAAAUUUUCCUUUUGAUAAUUUUUUUGUGUUCAUUGUAUUAUCCAUCGCUGCAUUUAUUGGUUGGCUUCAUAGCCUUUCAUUACCUCGGGAUGUAAACAAAUCUGAUAAUUUAGAUGACGACGAAGUAAUUCUGUUGGGUGAGUGA